UUGGCUUAUAAAAUACUGUGCUAGCUAGAUCAAACCUUUACCACUCAUUUCUGCAGGAUUACUCAGAUUUUUAUGCGGAAGGGGAGUGACGAUGAAGUUAGAGAUUCAAGAAAAUGUGAAAAUGGCUGGAUCAACAAGAGAUGGUGGCCGCUAUGACGGUGAAUCAAUGGAGAUCAGCAAAAGAGAGACGGUGAUGGAUGAGAAGAUCUAUGUAGCAGUGACAAAGAGAGAUCUGGAGUGCAAGUCUAGUCUCGUUUGGGCGAUACAAAACACUGGAGGCAGAGAGUUUUGCAUCGUCUAUGUUCAUCAACCGAUUCAUAUCUCAGUCCCGGGAGCAAGGUUCCACGAGCAGAAACUGCGGCGUUAUAGAAAAAAGAAGAAUAGAGCACUUAAUAAUCUGGACAAGUACCUUCAUAUAUGCAGGCAAAUGCAGGUCAGAGCAGAGAAGAUAUAUAUUGAAAUGGACUCCAUAGAGGAAGGUAUCCUCCAAUUGAUAUCUCAGCAUGGAAUUAAGAAACUUGUCAUGGGGGCAGCAGCUGAUAGACACUAUUCAAUGAAAAUGAGAGACUUGAAGUCCAAGAAAGCUAUUUACAUUCGCAGAGAAGCGCCAGAUACUUGCCAUAUAUGGUUUCCCUGCAAUGGAUACCUAAUUUUUACAAGAGAAGCUAGAAUAAGAGAAAUCUUGUAUCUAGAAGGUACAUCGUCAAGUUCUUUGAGCCAAUCCAAGAUAACUAAAAGAGCUGAAAGUUUUCCAAGUUCGAGUAUGCCUAAAGAUGAUGUUCGGAUCCAAGUAGCUCUCAUAGAAGCUGAGAGAGCAAAAAGGGAGACACUCAUUGAGGCGUCUAAACGUGAAGAAGCUGAAAAAUCUGCAAUUGAUGCAAUCAAAAGGGCUAAAGAAUUGGAAAAUAAUUAUCACAGUGAGUUGAAGCGUAGGAAAGCAACAAAGAAGGCACUGAAAAAAGAGAGAGAAGAACUUGAAAAGAUCAGAUCAGAAUCCGAGACACGAAUUGCUGAAUCUAAUAUGGUGAAUAGAGAGCUUCAAGGCAAAAAUAGGUUAAUAAUGGAAGAGUUGAUAAGACUUAGAGCUGAACAUGAAGAGUUGAAGAGAAAGCUUAGCAAAGUAUCAAAGCUGAAGAUUAAAAGCGAGGGAGAGGAAGUGUCUCCCUCUAAGGACCUUGAACUGCCUCAAUACUUCUUAUGUCCCAUUACACAGGAUGUGAUGGAGGAUCCACAGGUAGCAGCAGACGGAUUUACAUAUGAAGGAGAGGCCAUACGUGAUUGGUUAGAUAGAGGACACCAGACUUCUCCAAUGACAAACAAAAGGCUUCCUCACACCAGCUUGGUUCCAAAUCUUUCCCUUCGAUCUGCAAUCCAAGAAUGGCUUCAAGAAGCUCCUGAAUCACUGAACCAGAUCUUCUGCUUGUUAAAGAUUGAAUCAAAAGGAGUUCCUUAGUGGCUAACUAAGGAAGCUCACUCAUUGUUAAGACCCGAGUUUGAAAGUGUUGGUGCAUCUCUAAUGGGGAUGUUUUGUGUGUUUUAUAUGGUUUUGACGUUCACCCAUUGUCCAAUAACUAGCCGGUGUUGUUUGGUGAGUCGGUCUUCUGUAAUGUAAACUUUUUUUAUUACGAUAUUGUCUUUUUUCUAUUAAGAAUGCCUUCGAGAUAGCUCCCUGAGUCAUUGAAUAGAUCAAAAGGAGCUUAAAGUCCUCAAGUGUCUUUUUUUCUCAUGUGUUUUUUUCUCUCUUUUUUUUACGUUUUGUAAUACUUCACUCAUUGUCCUAUCACUAGCCGUGUUUGGCAUGAGCCAGUCAUUUGUAAAAUUGUAAUAUAUGUAUUGUUUGUAAGUCAUGAUGGGAUAUGAAGUUUGUGCCUGCAAAAAAGGGUAUGUGUAUACACAGAUGAGAUAUGAAGUUUGUGCCAUUUUUAAGGAGAAUUGCUUUUCAGGUCCUCACAGAGAAGUUCUGCAGAUGAUUUUUUAGAACAGAGUAAGGAAGUUCAUAAUGAAGAGCAUCUGCAGACAAACACUAUUCAACGUAUUGUGUCUUCUUAGGCUUCAGCCUUUUGUGUUGCUUCUUCACCUGUUUCUCUUUAUACCCCUCUCGAAUUUGACAUCGGUGUUGAUCAAUUUUACAGGAAGAUUGGAUAAAUAGAGGUCGAGAAAAGCCAUCUUGGACUGCUAACACGCAUCUGCGACUUGUCAAAUUCAGUUUAUCUGCCAAGGACAUCCCAUCCAUACAAGGUUCAAGCCAAGAGUCCUCUUUUUCAUAGCUAUAUAGAGACAGUAGUUGAGUGCUUUAGUAGCGAUACAUGUGUGGAACCAAUGUAGGGAAGCUAGAAUGGACGAAGUCAAGCUCUCUCAACUCUAAAUAUCUAACUUUCAGAGGCUUGUGUCCUCGCGAAGUAGCUCCAAAUUAGAUAUGCAGAGUUGACGUUCAAAGGGGAAAAGCGAGGUGGAGGAGAGAACAUCACGAACCAGUUCUUCAUGGUCUGCUGGUAACAUUGUCAUACGUUGGAGGAUCUGAGGCUUCAUCAAGCAUAACAAAGAGAAAUCAAACCACUCAUUUCCUCCCUCUUUACCUGUAAGACAUGCGAUCCUGAACAAGAGCGAACCCUUUCACUUUUUGAUAUAGUUUUCCUCUUUAAUUUGCAUUUCACCUGACUCGUGAGUUGCCUUUCACAGUGCCGAUCUACCAGUGAAGCGGGGAUGGGACUAGGUAUGAUAACCUUACUGAUCACUCCACAAAACUCUG